AUGUCUGAAAAGUCUAGCCUAGUCGUGAUUGCAACAGUCAACCAGCUCAACACGCAAUCCCCGGGGCCCCACACUAACGAGUGGCGUGACAUUAAUGAUCUCAUGGACGAAGAGGACGAGGCGUUUGCAAUCUGUGACCUGUAUCUGGACGAGGUCAGCACUGCCAUCGCAUCGACCCUGGACGACGACAUGGUGUCCCCCUACAAGAAGAUUGUGCUUGCGCGCAUCGUCCUAUCGGACGCACGAAACUUCAGCCCUGGCACCCUGUGCAAGACGUUUGCGCUGCUCAACAGCCUGCGCCCCGGGCCACUGGCCGAGGUGGCCAGCGAGCUCGCGGACGACAUUGCCGUCAUCAUCGGCAUGGACCUGGAGGCUGAGGCUCUGCGGGUGUGUCUGUGGGCCGAGAAGGUCUUUGCGAAGCAGCCGCCGGUGCUGAAGCCGCGGAAAAACGCUCCCAAAGCCUGCUGGUCCUGCGUGAUGAACAGACUAGUCGAAUUCCUCCAGGACGAGGAGGUCUGCGCCAAGCGCUGGUACGAGCUGGACGAGCUGGUCCGGCAAACGCCGUCGCUUGUCCUGGACGAGGGCGAGGCCGUCGACCGCGACAUCAUCCUGGACCUCGGAGGUCCCUCCGCUAGUGUCAGACUACGAGAUUAUCUCCUGGUGGACAACGCCAAUCUCCUGGCUAGGCACGCGUUCACCGCCAUGGUGCUGCUGGGGGCCAUCCGCAGCCCGCGCCUCAAGAAGCGGGUGCUGCUGGCCAAGCGCUUCUUGACCACCAGCAUGAUUCGCAAUUUUUGUGAGACCGCAGAGGCGGUUGAGGUGGCCACUGGGGUCGACCACACGGCGUUGCUUGAGACGGUCUACGCGAACACCUCGCUGGAGAAAACCUGGCGCAGCGAAAAAGAAAUAGUAUGCUAA